CUUGAUGGUAAAAGUGACGGCACCCCAUCAUAAAGCCUAAAUUAGAAUUCUAAACGCUUGCAUCGAUGACGCAUUAAGUCUUUUAAUAUUACAAUCUCAUGAAAAAUCAGUUUUUACGUUCCUUACAUUUUGUAAGCACUCCGGUUGUAAUGUGCUAUAAAAACACGAGGCUGAAAUUAGCUUCCCACGAAUGAGAGACACCACCUACAUUGGUGUGUACUUAACCAUCAUCCUCAGGAAGAUCAAGAAGUUGAUUUCCUCCCAAGUGUCAUUUCUCUGGAGUCCUCAAUGCAAUAAUGUCCAGGCACAUCGGAAGCACCCUGACUGUGGACAGAAGGAGACUGAGGAGGAUCAUUGCUGAAAACCCAAACUGGUCCUUGGGCCUAAUUCCCUUUUUAUCAAACCUCUGCCUUGAAUCUAUCGUGAGAAACUAUGAGGGAACCCCCAUCUAUGAGGAGCUUGGACCCAGCCAGAGAGCCUUCGUGCAGGAGAGACUGUCCACAGAUCUGCCACUUCCUGUGACCGCCAACUCCAUCGAUGAUGGCGUCUACUGGAAGCGAUGCUGUGAGCAGCAGUGGGAGAUUUGCGAUGUGUCUCGUUACGGCAACAGCUGGAAGCGCAUGUUUUUCGAGAGGUACCUGGAAAACAUUAUUGAGCAAUUCAUCCCGGAGACGAGUCACCUCAAGGUGAUCACAGACGCCAUUCCUCUAUGCGAGAGGUACGUGAAGAAGCUGGACAUCUCCCAAAUGCUUCCGCCCAUCAAGGAAGCCAAGCCGGGAAAGCAGGAAGAUGAAUUGGACUUGCUGAGUGAACCGGACUCGGAGGCGGCUCUCAUGGAACACUUUGACUUCCGUAACCUCCUGAACAAGCUGAGCAAACUGGAGGAGGUCCACUUGACCUACUGGGUCAAACAGUGUGGAAUGAACUUUGAAUGGAGGAUGUUCGAGAUGGCGGAACGAGACUGUGAGACUCUCUCCAAGGCUCUUGCAUCCUGCAAGGUCCUGAAAGUGGUACGACUCUAUGAAAGCCACAUCGAUGAUAGCAAAUGCAAGAUGCUGGCCAACACCCUAGUCAACCACCCCUCCCUAACGGAACUCAACCUUUCGCACAACAUCAUCGGGGACAAGGGGGCCAAGGCGGUCAGCAAGCUGGUCCAAAGCAGCAAGCUGGAGGUCCUGAACAUGAGCGACAACGUCAUUCGAGACGCGGGAGCCAACGCCAUCGCAGACGCCCUGGCUAAUAACUGCCCGCUGUUGUCCCUCAACCUGCGCAUCAACCGUGUAAGCGACGAGGGCGGGGAGGCCAUCGGCGUUGCCUUACUGCGUAACAAGACCCUGCGCCAUCUGCACCUGGGAGCCAACCUGCUGACCGGGCCUACCGCCAUCAGACUGUCUGAGGUGCUGGCUAAAAAUCAAACCCUAAAAAGCAUCAACCUCUCCUGCAACAAACUGGGUGUGGAUGGAGGAAAAGCUCUGGAGGAGGCCAUUUCUCAAAACAGUUGCUUAACACAAUGUGAUGUCCGACUGACGGAGAUCGACGAGCAGAGCGCCUCCGUUAUCAACCAGGUGGUUCGGACCAAUGAGAGAUCGGAACGACAGAAAUAAACACAAGAAGCCAAAUCACCUGCCUGACAGUCUUCAGAGUACACAACAUCAAAACACAGGAGAAGAGACUCUUGAACGCAAAGAUCAGAUGGCAUUAUCGUGGUACAGUGUUAUAUGAAGUGUUUUAUCAGUCUUUUGUAAAAACGUUUGGUCUAGCCUUUCGCAUGCAAGUGAAUAAGUGUAUGGCUGUGCAAUGUUGUGUGGAACGUCACAAGACUGUCGCUAUUGUGUCUUGUUGUAAAAAAAUUAAUAAAUGCAACUGUACAAUUGUA